AUGGCGCCCACAAACAUGGAAGUGCCAACUUUGUCUAUACCCGGAGAGCAGUCAAAUCAGAGGAUAGGUGCCCAACCUCAGCAACAAUAUAGUGGCCAUCUUAAAAGAAAAGAAGCACAAGAGGGCUCUGUGGAAUGGUAUUUCGAUCAGGGGUUUGCUUGGAUGUCUAACCAUCCAUGGAUGACGGGAAUAGGGGCAUUCGGGAUUGUGUAUUUUGCUGCUGGGUUCGUCAAGUCGAAGCAGCCCGGCUUAAAUGGUAAAGCCUUCAUCAAAGGAGGUUUUGGUCACAAAAUGUCUGCUAAGGAAGCAUUACAGAUCCUUAACUUAAAAGAAACAACUUUGUCGAAGUCAAAGUUGAAAGAGCAACAUAGAAAGCUAAUGAUGGCAAACCAUCCGGAUAAAGGUGGUUCUUCAUUUUUGGCCACUAAAGUAAACGAGGCAAAAGAUUUCUUAGAGAAAAGAGGCGGAUUAAAGAAGUAA